AUGGCAACCGAUUUGCUACAAGCUGCCUUGAAUGAUGAUGAAACUGCGACGCGACGCCUCCUACAAGACGGCGCGGACGUGCACUCGAGAAACGAACAGCGGGAGUCCGCACUCAUUGUUGCCUCUAAGCACGGUCACCGGGACAUCGUGCGGCUAUUGCUCACAAACGGAGCCGACCUGGACGCGUCGGACGAGACUGGAACAACGGCGCUACAUUGGGCUGUCAGCCAUCAACAUAACCAGGUGGUGCGGCUAUUGCUCAAGGAACGCGCGGACACACAAAUCACGGAUAAUCACGGACGUACUCCUCUCCACAAAGCAGCAAGCCGGGGCGAUGCAAUACUUACGCAGUUGCUGCUCGACCAUGGGGCAAAUGUUGCCGCCAUUGAUGAUCUAGGAAUCACCCCUAUCACGCUGGCGAAGAUUGGGGGACAUGGGGCCGUCAUUGAAAUUCUCUGCCAGAAAAAUGGGCAUGGAAGUGUUAACGAGACCACAGCAGGCCCCCAACCUCAGUUUUAA